GCAAGCAUCCAUUCCAUUCAUAUCUCACCUUCUUCUCUGAAUCUCUUGCUUAACCUAUGGGCAAUCAAUUUUUCCGACCCAUUUUCCCUCUCUACUAACCCAUCGCCAUUGAUUUCCCCAUCUUUCUUGUCAGCUUUGCUUCACUCGCAAUCUUCUUUUUCUUCAACCUAACAAUCUACCAGUCCCCAUUUAUUUAUACCCAUUUAUACAUAUAUAUCUGACUGAUUCUUUUUCUUGCGGGACUGUCUGAUCGAUUGGGGGAAGCCGAUGGAGCCGCCGCUGACGGACGGAGGUUCGCUGUUGGCGAUUCCGAAACGGGUGGCGCCGCCGCCGCCGACGUCGCUGGCUCCCGGAUUCAGGUUCCACCCCACGGAUGAGGAACUCGUCCGGUACUACCUCCGCCGCAAGGCCUGCGGGAUGCCCUUCCGGUUUCAGGCCGUCUCUGAGAUUGAUGUCUACAAAUCUGAACCCUGGGAGCUUGCGGAAUAUUCAUCUCUGAAGAACAGAGAUCUGGAGUGGUACUUCUUUAGCCCUGUAGAUAGGAAAUAUGGGAACGGUUCUCGACUCAAUCGCGCCACCGGGAAAGGGUACUGGAAGGCAACUGGGAAGGACCGUUCCGUGCGCCAUAAGUUAAAAACAAUUGGAAUGAAGAAAACUCUUGUUUUCCACAGCGGACGAGCUCCUGAUGGGAAGAGGACAAAUUGGGUAAUGCACGAGUAUAGGCUUACAGACGAAGAAUUAAUCCAGGCUGGGGUGAUACAGGAUGCCUUUGUUCUGUGUAGAAUUUUCCAGAAGAGUGGGCUGGGACCCCCUAACGGAGACCGAUACGCACCUUUUAUUGACGAAGAAUGGGACAAUGAUACAAUGCUUGUGGUUCCUGGUGGAGAGGCUGAGGAUGACGCAGCCAACGGUGACGAUGCACAUGUUGAGGGCAAUGAUCUUGACCAGGGUGGUGCCCUACUGAAGGGUCCUCAGAGUCCAGUUGUGGGCAAGAGAGAGAGAUCGGAGGAGCCUGAGCCUCUGUCAUUGAGCCAACAAGCCAAAAGAUGCAAGCAAGACGAUCCCAGCUCGAGCCAUGCAAAUGGGUCACAGGACUCGACCACAAUCCAAGACCCUCCAACGACAAAUUACUCUCCUACCCCUACCCUAUUAGAGUUCCCGUUGUUAGACUCCAUCGGGCCGAAGGAGACCCAACUGGCCACCACCACAACAAGCAUGUCUACCUUUGACUCCUCGACGCUGGAGAAGUCGGUCCCACCAGGGUACCUCAAGUUCAUCAGCAACUUGGAGAAUGAGAUACUGAAUGUGUCCAUGGAGAGGGAGACCCUGAAGAUUGAGGUGAUGAGAGCCCAGGCGAUGAUCAACAUUCUUCAAUCGCGGAUUGAGGUUUUGAACAAGGAGAACCAGGACAUUAGAAGAGUUGUCCGAGGGUAGCCAUCAUCAUCAUCAUCAUCAUCAUCCGUCGACCUUUCAUCUUCAUCAUCAUCAUCUUUCCUUGAGCUAGCUAGCUGUGUGUUUAUUGUGUACCUGAACUAGCUGAUGUAGUAGUGUGCCAGUAGGGCAGUAGCUAGCUUCACUUGGAACAUUGGAACAUUUCUUCUUCUUCUUCAUCAAAUAAGGAAACUUGAGUUUCAUUGUGUCCAUGAGGAUUUUGAAUCUUGAAAGUGAAAAAAGACUACAUAUUAUA